UCUGUUCAGUUGGAGUCAAGUCAUGAUGAAGUCGCUGCUCCAGGUUUUAUUGCUAAGACUACUUUCGUUAGUGGUAGCUACCGCUGACCCUUCACUAGAUGAAACAGUUCAACAAUUGAAAAAUAGCUUACAUAAUGUAAACUACAUGAAGCAUACCCCAGGUACAUUCCAGUUCAUAAAAUCACCCACCGCACCAGCUUAUGGGUGCGUUAAAGGAUGGUCUUUGUCAAUCGCGAAACCUGUGUGGAAAUCUGUGUCAUCAUCUGACCAUGGGAUUUUCUUGAAUGAUCUUGGAUUUGAGACUGUCAUUUUGCACGUAAAUAAAUUCUGCAUGUCAAGGAAAUUUUUUUACAUAAGUCUGGGGUGCUGCUCACCCUUCUGGAUACACUGGAAUACCUUGAAAGAAUUUGAUGUCCCAAUCGUAAUGAGACGGCUCAAGUUUCAGAUAGUAAAAAAGUCUGGGAAGGUAAAAUGUAAUCUCCUCUGGAAUGGUGAAACAAAUGAACCAACCCAGACAACUUUUGAUCUAUCAAACGUAUUUACUUUAUACAUAAAACCUAUUCCAGACACAGACACUCUUGAACCUACUCCAGACGGCGACACUCUUGAACCUACUCCAGACGGCGACACCCUUGAUUUUCGUAAGAAGUAUAUCAGGGGAGCAAUCCAAACAGUUGUUGAUUCAAAAAAAUUCCAGAAUCAUUUCAAACAGCUGUUUGAAGAAGCAACUAAGGAUCAAUGCCAAUUUCAAGACAUGCGUAAGUAAACAUGUAUAAACACAUUCGAAGUUUAUUAAACUGCUGUUGA